AUGAGCGACCAAGAAGAAGGAGCCGACUUGCAAGACGUGGAAGUGAGCAGCCCUGCAGGAGGCGAAGAAGAGCAACUGAUUCCUUCCAAUACGGGCGGAGACAAGAGUGCCGCGAAGCUUCGUUCCAAGCGGACUCCUGGCAAGACAGCAUCGGCUACCAAGAAGAAGAAGGCCAGUAGUAAGAGCAGCAGCAAUAAAGAGGACGAUGACAGCACAUCCAAAGCUAUCAAGUAUGCCGCUCUUCUGCUCUUGGUAGCUCAGAUGGUUGGAUUGGUCUUGCUGAUGCGAUAUUCUCGAACGCUGCCGCGAGAACCAGGGCAGCCCCUCUAUCUGGCAUCGACGGCUGUCUUUAUCAUGGAAAUGAUGAAAUUCUUGAUUUGCUGCGUCGUCAUCGCCUACCAAUCUGGUGGAGAUUUGAUUGGAGAACUUAAUCGACAUGUCAUUGAAUCACCCAUGGAGGUUGCCAAGCUCUGUGUCCCCUCGCUGCUUUACUGUGUACAAAACAAUCUGCUCUAUUUCGCACUGACCAAUCUCGAUGCGGCGACCUACCAAGUUUGUUAUCAGCUGAAAAUCCUGACUACGGCGUUAUUUAGUGCUGUCUUGCUGCAGAGAACCUUUUCUGCGCGAAAAUGGAUUUCAUUGGUGAUCCUCACUAUUGGGGUUGCCAUUGUGCAAAUUUCGGGAUCGGGGGAUCAUCACAAAGAGGAUGACGCCGAAAAGGCACAACACAAUCGAUUCAUUGGCUUGGUAGCUGUUCUUUGUGCUGCUUGUACAUCAGGGUUUUCGGGUGUCUAUUUUGAGAAAAUCCUCAAAGGAAGCACCACUUCUCUGUGGCUACGAAACGUACAAAUGGGAUUGCCAUCCAUCCUUAUUGCGCUCAUCACUGUCUAUGCCAAGGACGCCAAAGCCAUUGCGGAACAUGGCUUUUUGGGAGGAUAUUCUCCCAUUGUGUGGACCGUCGUGACCGUGCAAGCCGCUGGUGGCUUGAUUGUUGCCGUGGUCGUCAAAUAUGCCGACAACGUUUUGAAAGUAUUCGCGACGAGUUUUAGUAUCGUCGUAUCAUGCAUCAUCACGGCCGUCCUCUUUGACUUUCGGCCAUCCUUCAGGUUUGUAGUGGGGGCAACACUGGUUGUGGUCGCGACUGUAAUGUACUCCGCACCCGAGAAGAAACGAAAACGCAAACCACUCCUGCCGACAACUCAGAAAAUUAACAAAUACUAG